AUGGCCGACACGCCUCCGCGGCCGCGCUGGCCGCGGCUUGGCGGCCUCGACGCGUCGCCGCCUCGGCUCACGCCGCGCCGCUCGCUCGCAGCCGGCGGCGAGGCGGCGCUGCUGCGUGAGCAGCUUGAUGCUCUCAGGGAUGAGGCCGACAGGCUGCGAGAGGAGAACCACGCCUUGCUCAAGCAGAGGGCCGCCGCCACCCCGUGCAGCUCUGCCAAAGUGUCGGCGAGCCCUUUCUAUCGAUCGAGCGAACCUGGCGGCGUGGACCUGUAUGCGCCGGCAGGAGCUGAGGACGUGACUAACCCGGAGCUGCUGCGCAACCUCUCCUCCGCCUCCCUCAUCCCCGAGGCCGAGCUCUUGCCGCCGCUCCUCGGCUCGGCACUUGUCCUUGAGCCGCGGCCCUUCUCCUCGUAG